UGAGGUACACACAGGGAAUCCUCUUCUCAUCCACACCUCUCUCUCUCUCUCUCUUUCUGAUGAGUUUAAAGUUCAAACAACAGGGUCUAUAUUUUUGUUCAUAUUUGUGUGGCUAUCCUUGGAUUAUAUAUUCAUAUUUUUGGUAAUAUAUAUUAUCAUAUUAUAUCAAGCAUGGUUUUUGAACAAUGAAGGAUAAAUGCUGAUUGCGGCUACACCACCUUCUGCUUCAGCUCCACUUCUCUUUGUUUCUUCUCUCUUUCAAAAAAACAAAACUUGUCUCUUGGGUCAGUGCCAAACAAGCAACAAGGUUUCUAGUGUUGGAUGAUAUUGCCUUGCUUGCUUCAUAGAGAUAGAAAAUCUACUCUCUCAACUUUCUUUCUCUUUUGUUUAUUUAUUUUUUUGCUGAACACUCAGAGAUAUUCCUGAGCUGAAUAUCAAUUUCCUUUGCCUCUUUAAUUUGUUUCUGUUUUGUUCUUUCUCUCUCCACUCUAAGCUUUGUAGACUGUUGUCUAGCUUUUUUUCUUCCUUUUUUCUAUUUUGGGUAAGGUUUGUCCUUAGAUCUUAGAACCCUUCACAGCAUAAGAAAAACCAAGAUCUAUGGUCUAUACCACAGCCUUAGGUUGCUAAAACUUGCAAGUGUAUGAAGAUGAAGGGUUUGAUGUUCCAGCAACAAGUAGUGGAGGAGAACAUGUCAAAUUUGACUUCUGCAUCUGGUGAAGCUAGUGCUUCUUCUGGCAACAGAACUGAAAUUGGAACCAGUUACCCUCAACAAUACUUGGUUCAACCACAAACUCAGACUCCACCAGCAAAGAAAAAGAGAAACCUUCCUGGCAACCCAGACCCUGAUGCUGAGGUUAUAGCCUUGUCCCCCAAGAGUCUUCUGGCCACCAACAGGUUCAUUUGUGAGAUCUGUAACAAAGGAUUUCAAAGGGAUCAGAAUCUUCAACUUCAUAGAAGAGGGCAUAAUUUGCCAUGGAAGUUGAAGCAGAGAACAAGCAAAGAGGUGAGGAAGAAGGUUUAUGUGUGUCCAGAACCCAGUUGUGUGCAUCAUGACCCAUCAAGGGCCCUGGGGGACCUAACUGGAAUCAAGAAGCACUUCUGCAGAAAGCACGGUGAGAAGAAGUGGAAAUGUGAUAAGUGCUCUAAGAAAUAUGCAGUUCAAUCAGAUUGGAAAGCUCACUCCAAAACCUGUGGCACAAGGGAGUACAGAUGUGACUGUGGAACCCUCUUCUCAAGGAGGGACAGUUUCAUAACCCACAGAGCUUUCUGUGAUGCAUUAGCAGAGGAGAGUGCAAGAGCCAUCACAGGCACAACCUCACAACCUUCAUCCUCUCAUCACCAUCACAUGAAUCUCCAAACACAAUUCAACCCUCAAGAUCUGCAUGGCUUCCCAUUGAAAAUAGAACAACAACAACAAAGUUUCAAUCUUAGGCCAGAAAUAGUACCUCCUUGGCUUGGCCCACCCACUGUUGAUCUCUCCUCAUCCUCAUCAAUCUUCUCCACAAACCAAGAAUUUUCACACCAGGAAAACCCUAACCCUAGCCUUGGUCCCACUCUUGCUACCUACCGAGCAGUCCCUAACCCUUCCCCACACAUGUCAGCCACAGCAUUGUUGCAGAAAGCAGCUCAGAUGGGUGCAACCAUGAGCAGAACUGGUUCCUCACCAGCAAUGAUAAGGCCCCACAUGCAGACUCACGUGUCUUCUUCUGCUGAUUCUGGUAACAUUUCCAGUGGUAAUUUUGGUUUGAACUUGUCCUCACGUGAAGACACCAGUACUUCAACAACAGCAACAACUACAACUUCUGCAACUACAGUGUUUGGCCAUGGCUUAUCACCUUUGGGGAAUAAAGCUGCUGUGUCUUCUGCUCCAACCCUUCUUCAUGAUGUUAUCAACUCUUUCUCUAACCCUUCUGCUUUUGAAGGAACCCCUUUUGAGGAUCCAUUUGGUGGCAUUCUCAACUCAAAGAAAGAUGAUAACUUGCAUUUGCAUGACACCUUUUCUAAAACAAACACCACCACCCAUCUUGCUACUGCUGCUGGUGGAAAUGAAGGGUUGACCAGGGAUUUCUUGGGUCUUAGGCCUCUCUCUCACACUGAUAUUCUCAGCAUUGCUGGCAUUGGAAACUGCAUCAAUGAUCAACAAAACCAAUCUCAAAAGCAGUGGCAAGGUUAGCUCCAUAUAUGUUAUAUAUGGAUAUUUUAUUUUUCUUUUAAUCUCAUCUUUAUAUAACUUUUUUUUUCUUCCUUUUUUUUGGGUUAACUUUUGUAUAUGAUCUUUUCAAAAUUCCCAAAGGGAAGGACCUUCUGAAUCGAGAUCAACAUUUUCAUUCCUUAUGUAUACUUAUUACGAAUCUCAAUAUUGUGUUCAUAGAUGAGUUAUAUAAUAUAUAAAGGUCAGCCAACCAAUGUUUUAGAAUAUUAAUUAAAAUAUUAAUAAAUACGUUUUUUUAU